UGUAAUGGCGGAGAUAUGUGUUUGAAACUCAAGACUGCUGUUUUUUGUUUGGAGGCCAAGAAGAUUAGAGUUGGAUAAAGAAAUGCAAGUUUGAAUGGAGGGAGUCCCAAUAGAACAAAUUGGUUUGACACGUGUUGUGUUGUCGAAACCUACACAUAUUGCACCAGACAGUCUCGCUUACAUGUUGAAAUUGGCAUUAGAGAAAGGCUGUAAAGUACACGCAGAGUGUCAAGAGCGCCUGUGUGUAGAUUACUCACAAAACGAGAAGGACGUUGCAUUGGACGGUUUGGCUGCUGUUCAUGUUGUGGAUUGUGAACCUGUAGACAAAGGGAUACUCUGUCUUAACACAGAAGUGCGAGUAAUAGAUAUUAAUGCAGAGACUGAAAAGGAAAGGAGUAGACCAGGGGAUGUUGACAGCGUGAAGACUUACAGCUCUGUCUCAUCCUCAUCAUUUUGUAGUGCUAGUUCAUAUGACAGACGACAAUCUAGCGUGUGCAGGCUGCCUUGCUCGUUGAAACCUUGGCGAAUUUAUGGGUUGACAAAAGCUAUGAAACAGCAUCUAACAGAUGAGCUCAAAGUAAAAGCAGAUAGUUGUCAUGUUGUUGGAUUGAGACAGCAUACUUUGGAGAGACUGGGACUAGAAGCAGGAUCGUGGGUUGUUAUUAGUGCCACUACAAUUACAAAUGAAACUCCAUGUAACAGUUUUGCUAGUGUCAAAGAAGAAGAUCCUCGUUCGGAAUAUACAGAACCGGCGGAAUACACAGAACAGACUAGAGAUGAUAUGACAAGUAAACAUUUUGUUCAGGUCUUUUCUAUUCAGAAGUUUGUUCCUAGUCAAGACCAAGCAGUGAAACGUUACAGAUCACGUUCAACAACUGCACGAAACAGCAUAACGGGAGACCUGUUAGCUGUAGGGGAUGAUAUCAUCUAUCUCAACGCUUAUCUCUAUUUCAACAUGACAUCGGCCUUCCCAGCCAUUCUUGAUAAAUUUAGAGUAAUUGUUGAGGAUGCUCGAAGUGUUAUUACUCCUGGCUUUGAACACGUUAUUCCUCCAAAGGCAACUGAAGUUCAUUAUGUACUUGUCAGAGCUCCAAAUUCAGAUAUCACUACAGACUACAGUGAGCACGUUAAAGCAUUUUUCAAAACUCAAAGGAUGCUGAAUCAAGGAGAUGUUUUCUGUGUACCAGUAAAGGAGAGGAACAGUAUUUAUGACAGUGCGCAGCAUUAUGCAGGAAAUCUAGUCUAUUUUCAAGUUCAAGGCAUUGCUCCUGUUACAGGUGGCUUUACAACGUAUUUUGUGGACAAUGCAUGUGAUUUCAAGCUGGAGACUAAACCCACCUAUAGUUACAUUCCUGUGUCAAUGGACUGUUAUUUGUGUCCUCCAGAGAAUGAAAGUUGGUCGUGCUAUGAUCCUCCAGACCUUUGGCAUGAUGAUGAACCAGAAGGGCUGCAGAGAGUAGUCUGUGAAAUUAGAGACAUAAUUCGGCCGUCGAUGUUGCAGCUAGCAAACUCAAAGCCUAUCCAUUGUAACAUAUUGAUGAUGGGACCUCUUGGUGUCGGGAUGGGUACUGUAGUUAAAGCUAUAGUCAGAGGUCUCAACAUGCAUGCUGUGGAAGCGGACUGCUAUGAGUACUGCUGUGACACACCAGCUGCUACGGAAGCGAAACUGUCAGCUCUUUUCUUUCGGGCCGCACUUUGUGCACCAUGCGUUCUCUUGCUGAGUAACUUUGAGGCUUUAGGAAAAGAUAGAACGGGAUUAACUGAUGAGCCACGAAUCGCAACGGUUUUGGAAGCAAACUUGAAAGCAUUGGAAACAUGCAGACGAUGGCCAGUGAUUGUGAUCGCAGCAUCUUGUAAUCCAACGGCUAUAUCUGUAGACAUGCAUAGCUUGUUUCUACACGAGGUCAAAAUGGAGGCUCCUAAUGCCGACGAAAGAGGAGAUAUGCUGAUGGCUCUUGCAAGUCGUGUACCUCUUCAUAAAGAUGUGUCUCUAACUGAACUUGCUCAGCACACUGCUGGCAUGGUACUCGGAGAUCUAUUUUCUCUCUAUUCUCAUGCAACACGUGCUGCAUAUCAGCGUUUAACCAAAGAAUGUGGGCCAUCGUUUAGUGUCAGGCCAGAGACCAAAGGAGGACUCUUGAGUGUCGAGUCACGAACUGAAGGACUUUCCUGCAGUCAUGAAGAAUCUAUUUGUAGUGCGAAGGCAAAACUUAGAAUGCGAGACUUUGAAGAAGCUCUGAGCUUAUUGCAGGCAGCCCAUUCUGAUGCAAUUGGGGCCCCUAAAGUGCCAACCGUGUCGUGGGAUGAUGUCGGUGGUUUGGCCGAGGCAAAACAAGAAAUCUUUGAGACAAUACAGCUUCCAUUGGAUCACCCUGAGUUGUUUGCUAAAAGCCUCAGGAGAUCAGGUGUUCUCUUGUAUGGACCUCCAGGCUGUGGAAAGACUUUACUGGCGAAGGCUGUUGCAACCGAGUGUUCUCUCAACUUUCUCAGUGUCAAAGGUCCGGAACUUCUCAAUAUGUAUGUUGGUCAGAGUGAACAGAAUGUUAGAGAAGUGUUUGGUCGAGCUCGUGAUGCUAGACCUUGUGUAAUCUUUUUUGAUGAAUUGGAUUCGUUGGCUCCCAACAGAGGAAGAAGUGGAGAUUCAGGUGGAGUGAUGGAUAGAGUCGUUUCUCAACUGUUGACUGAGUUGGAUGGCAUUGACAAGGUGGAGGACGUGUUUGUGAUUGGUGCAACAAAUCGACCGGAUCUCAUUGAUCCCGCACUCUUGAGACCUGGAAGGUUUGACUGCCUCAUUUACCUGGGAGUACCAGACUCUUACAAGGCACAGCUCAGUAUUCUAAUUGCAUUGACUAGGAAAUUUAAUAUCGAGGAGAGUUUUGAUCUCACUGAGUUUGUCAAAUUGUGCCCAAUGAACCUCACAGGUGCUGAUUUCUAUGCCCUCUGUUCUGAUGCAGUGCUCAAUGCUAUGAAAAGGAAAAUCGAAGAAUUUGAAGAAUCACAAGAAGGGGAAGAAGAUGAGGAACCAAUCAUUGUUUCCGAGAGUGACUUUAUGAUUGCUUUGAAAAACUUGCAGCCAUCAGUCAGCAAGGAAGACUUGCAGCAAUAUGUGGAAAUGAAACAGAGAAUGAAGGCAAAUAGAUUACAUUAAGUAAUUUUUAAUUAAUAGAGAAACACACACUCAAAUUAUGACAGCCAACAGCAAUGAAGUUGUUUUUUGUCGAUUUAGAAUAAUGUACUGCAGCAAAUGUGUUUUCUUAUGUAACUGACAUUAGUAUAAUAUAUAUUCAUAUUUAAAUUGGUAUG